CCAUCGCCACGAUACCUAAAAAAAGAUCUACGCAGCGAAAAGGGCCGCGGAAAAAACGAGUUGUACGCGUCGGCUCCGCUUCUUGAUCCCAACACCGCCACGAUAAUAUAAUACUAAAUCUAUCGUCCGCACCAGCAGCGAGUGAAGGAGGAGCCUGCCCGCGCCUGCGCCUGGUUGUAAUUGUAGCUCACGCUCACCCUUCAGUUGACCACCGCUGCGGCAGCAAUGGCGGCGAGUCGCCGGCAGCACCGCCGCGGCUUCCCGCUGGUCCCGCUGCUGCUGUCGCUCCUGGCGGCCGCCGCGUACGGCCGCCUCAUCUCCGACGGCGGCCCGCCCGCGCCGCUCCUCCCGGUCAUCCGCCUCGCGGCGCCGCCGGCCGAGGCCGAGUGCGAGCAGACCUACGGCUUCCUCCCCUGCACCACCACCGUGCUCGGCAACCUCUUCCUGGUGCUGGCCUACGGCUUCCUCAUGUUCAAGGCGGCCACGUUCCUGUCGGCGGGCAGCGAGCUGCUGCUAGAGAUCAUGGGGCCCGGCCUCGUCGGCGGCCUCCUCCUCCCCAUCCUCGGCGCCCUCCCCGACGCGCUCCUCGUCCUAGUGUCCGGCCUCUCCGGGAGCAAAGAGGAGGCGCAGAGCCAGGUGCUGAUCGGGAUGGGGCUGCUCGCCGGUUCCACCGUCUUCCUCCUCACCCUGCUCUGGGGAACCUGUGUGGUCGUUGGCAAGUGUGACCUCGGGCCAGGCCGUGAGGCAGUAGAUGUGACAGACACCAAGGGCUUCAGCUUGACUGGCACUGGUGUUACGACCGACGUGCAGACCAGCUACGCGGCACGGAUCAUGGGGCUAUCUGUCAUCCCCUUCAUCAUCGCUCAGUUCCCCAAGAUGUUGAAGACGCACCACGGGCAGCGCCUCGCUAUGCUGCUGGCCCUUGUCGUGUCGUUCGCGCUCGUGCUUGCCUACUGCCUGUACCAGGUUUUCCAGCCCUGGAUUCAGAGGAGGAAGCUCGCGUACGCGAAGCACAAGCACGUGAUCUCCGGGAUACUGAGGCACGCCCAGAUGCAGUCGCUCGGCCGCCUGCUGAACGACGACGGCACGCCCAAUGAACAAGUCAUCAGAAAGUGUGAUUCCUUCCCUCUCUCUCAACUGCUGUCUGUUGUGUGGCCCGUAGUUAGGAGCUUAGCACACUGUUUUCGAUCGUGCAGGCUGUUCCGCAAGAUCGACAUGGACGAGAGCCGGUCCCUGUCCCGCGCCGAGCUCCACGCCCUCAUCGUCGGCAUCAACUUCGAGGAGGUCGACUUCGACAGGACGGACGCGGUGGACAAGGUCAUGGACGACUUCGACACGUCCCGCAACGACGUCGUCGAGGAGGAGGAGUUCGUGCAGGGGAUGAGGAAGUGGCUGGACGAGGCCAGGCGCAGCGUGCCCGUGGGCGGCGCCUUCUCCAGCAAGUUCAUCCACGAGUACCACGAGAGGACGAGGCAGGAGCACGACGAGCUGGUCGACAGGUCCGACGAGGCGGUGGAGAGCGUGGAGAACCCCGGGUGGUGCAUAGCCAAGGCCGUGGCGCUGCUGCUGCUGGGCUCCGCCGCCGCCGCCGCGUUCGCCGACCCGCUCGUGGACGCCGUCCACGGCUUCUCCAACGCCACGCGCAUCCCGUCCUUCUUCAUCUCCUUCAUCGCCCUCCCGCUCGCCACCAACUCCAGCGAGGCCGUCUCCGCCAUCAUCUUCGCCAGCAGGAAGAAGCAGAGGACCUGCUCCCUCACCUUCUCCGAGGUGUACGGCGGCGUGACGAUGAACAACACGCUGUGCCUCGGCGUGUUCCUGGCGCUCAUCUACUUCAGGAACCUGACGUGGGACUUCUCGUCGGAGGUGCUCAUCAUCCUGCUGGUCUGCGUCGUCAUGGCCCUCUUCACCAGCUUCCGGACCACGUUCCCGCUCUGGACCUGCCUCGUCGCCUACAUGCUCUACCCGCUCUCGCUGAUCAUCGUCUACAUCCUCGACUAUGUCUUCGGCUGGUCAUAGACCUGAUUGGCUCAAGUGAACACCUGGUUUUCAGACAGCCGCCGGUGUUUCUGUUUGACCUCCUUGUAAUUUUAACUAUAUGUCCAGACUUUUUCUCAUGUGAUGCUGUGAUCAUGUUCUACUUUCUCUAA